CCUGCCCUCUUCUUUCUCCCUCUCAGAACCUUCCUGCCGUCGCGUUCGGACCUAGCUGCUCCAACCUCCGGGGCGCGUCCCAUCCUUCCAGCCUGCGACCAGCAACAGAGAAAAAAAAUUACAUAUUUUCUUGCCCCGUACACACCUUGAGGCGAGCAAAAAAAAAAAAAAAUUAAAUUUGAACCAUGAGGGAAAUCGUGCACAUCCAGGCCGGCCAGUGUGGCAACCAGAUCGGUGCUAAGUUCUGGGAGGUGAUCAGUGAUGAACAUGGCAUCGACCCCACUGGCACUUACCACGGCGACAGUGACCUGCAGCUGGAUCGCAUCUCCGUGUAUUACAAUGAAGCCACAGGUGGAAAGUAUGUUCCUCGUGCGAUCUUGGUGGAUCUAGAACCCGGGACCAUGGACUCUGUUCGCUCAGGUCCUUUUGGCCAGAUCUUCAGACCAGACAACUUUGUUUUUGGUCAAUCUGGGGCAGGCAACAACUGGGCCAAGGGCCACUAUACAGAGGGGGCCGAGCUGGUUGACUCGGUCCUGGACGUGGUGCGGAAGGAGGCUGAGAGCUGUGACUGCCUGCAGGGCUUCCAGCUGACCCACUCGCUGGGGGGCGGCACGGGGUCCGGGAUGGGCACACUGCUCAUCAGCAAGAUCCGGGAAGAGUAUCCCGACCGCAUCAUGAACACCUUCAGCGUGGUGCCGUCGCCCAAGGUGUCCGACACGGUGGUGGAGCCCUACAACGCCACCCUCUCCGUCCACCAGCUGGUAGAGAACACUGAUGAGACCUACUGCAUUGACAACGAGGCCCUUUAUGACAUCUGCUUCCGCACCCUCAAGCUGACCACACCAACCUAUGGGGACCUGAACCACCUCGUCUCAGCCACCAUGAGCGGGGUCACCACCUGCCUCCGCUUCCCUGGCCAGCUCAAUGCUGACCUCCGCAAGCUUGCAGUCAACAUGGUGCCCUUCCCACGCCUCCACUUCUUCAUGCCUGGCUUUGCCCCUCUAACCAGCCGUGGAAGCCAGCAGUAUCGGGCCCUCACUGUGCCCGAACUCACCCAGCAGGUAUUCGAUGCCAAGAACAUGAUGGCCGCCUGUGACCCCCGCCACGGCCGCUACCUGACUGUGGCUGCCGUGUUCCGGGGCCGCAUGUCCAUGAAGGAGGUGGACGAGCAGAUGCUCAACGUGCAGAACAAGAACAGCAGCUACUUCGUGGAGUGGAUCCCCAACAACGUGAAGACAGCCGUGUGCGACAUCCCACCCCGCGGCCUGAAGAUGGCGGUCACCUUCAUUGGCAACAGCACGGCCAUCCAGGAGCUGUUCAAGCGCAUCUCAGAGCAGUUCACGGCCAUGUUCCGGCGCAAGGCCUUCCUGCACUGGUACACAGGCGAGGGCAUGGACGAGAUGGAGUUCACCGAGGCCGAGAGCAACAUGAACGACCUGGUGUCCGAGUACCAGCAGUACCAGGAUGCCACCGCAGAAGAGGAGGAGGAUUUCGGUGAGGAGGCCGAAGAGGAGGCCUAAGGCCAAGCCCUGUCCAUCACUCAGGCGUCUCAGUUCCUUCAUUCAGCCUUCUUCCUCAGCUGCCCUUUUACUCUCCCUCAGAAUUUGCAUUUUCUGCCACUAUCUUUUUUCUUUGGGGGGGUGGUGGUUCUAGAACAGUGCCUGGCACAUAAAUGGGCGCUCAAUAAAUAUUCGUUGUUUGUUGAAUGUCUCCUCUCUCUUUCCACUCUGGGAAAUCUAGAUUCUUCUCAUUCUGAGUAAUCUUGCCUUUCUUCCUGGUGUCCAUUCCUCCCA